AUGCUUUGUACUAAUGAACCUGCCAAGAAAUAUGAUGACUUGACUAUCAAUGUGCAAUCGAUACCUGAGGAUGAACCACUAUUGAUGCAGGAUGAACAAGAGGAAAAGAAGGACAAGCACACGAAACUUGUAAAAACGAUGACGACAACGGCAUCGACACAUCCAACAAAAGUGUUGUUUCUUGACGGUAUACGUGGUUUGGCCGCUAUCCUAGUCUUCAUGCAGCAUUCAAAGGAGUACAUGAGGGACUUAAAUAUGGGUGCGGUGGCAGUAGACACGUUCUUUGUCUUGUCGUCAUUCCUACUGACGUGGAAUUUCAUGAAAAAGAGCAUACGAAUGCUCAAUCAAGGCGCAGGAAUCCGGACAUGGAUUUUUGCUCUGGCCGACUAUUUUUCUAGACGGUUCUGUCGAGUUUAUCCAUUGUUUGCAAUCACGUGCAUUGCGCUGUGGUUCAUGGAUGAUCAGGUAAAGGACCACUACUUUGCAAUAAAGGAGUCAGGGAUCUAUGAUCUCUACCAAACCCUCACGUUUGAGUUUCACCACCGCUACUUUGUCUUUUGGACUCUACCUCUUGAGAUCUCGUACUACUUUUUCAUUCCGGUUUUUGUGCUGGGGACACUUUUACUACGAAAGUUCUGGUGGGUGCCUUAUAUUCCGGCGUACUACUGGGUUGCUAAGGAAGGAUGCAACGAGUUUCGCACGAGCCACACGGGGAUGCGUCCCCACCUUCCGACGUUCGUGGUGGGGUCGAUGACUGCAGUGCUCUUUGUCAAAUUGGACACGUGGAUCCGGGUAAAUAAUUUUCAGGUUCGAUUCAUUCACAAACUCAUUCUCCGUACGAUUGAGUCUUUGGCACUUGCUGUUUUCCUCAGCAUUGCCUUCCGUGGACUAUUUUUCAUUUGGGUGCACAAAAACCCAGUGAAGGAAUCUCCGGGAUUUCCUUUUGUUAGUUUGGUCUUGAGUAUUGUGCUCGCGUGCGAGAUGCUCCUACCGUCGCCGCUGUCAUCGAUGCUUGAGUGGAGUUUCUUGCGUUACUGGGGCAAGAUCAGCUUUUCCGUCUACCUGCUGCAUGGCUUUGUUGUCUAUAAUAAGCGUGUCAAAUCUCAGCCAAACUAUUACUGCAGGCUAUUUUCCCGAUUCGGGUUUGUCUGUAUGCUAGCGACGGCUUCGUACCACUUGAUCGAGUAUCCGUCCCAGUUGCUAGCUCAGCGUAUCACCAAGGCUCUCAAUGAACAGGAGAGAAAGGGUUCAGGUGGUCUCACUGCAUUCUGGGGGGAAUGGGCAAACCCGUUGAAGGUACUGGCUGAUAAACUGGCAGCUGUGCAGAAAGCAUGGGGUUCUGGCAAGUAA